AUGCCCGAAAAGUACCUUGGCAAAACGGACGAGGCCUUCAUUAAAGAGUUCCAGCGCAUCAAGAAGAAUUUGCCAUUCCGCCUUUUGCCCGCCAAGUUACGUCCACCACCUACUGAAUGA